GGCCUUCUGAGGAUGGCUGUGAUCACCGUAUAAGCUAUCAGUUUUUAGAAGUAGCGAGGGGGUAAAAAUGGAGUUGACGAAAAGUUUGAAGUUGGAGCUCUUAGGGUUUUUCCUUUUGAAUGUGUUUGUCCUUUCCAUGGCUAAAACGACAGUCCGUCCCAUCAACUGGGUUCUGAAUGAAACAACAUAUACAAGGCUAUGUAGCUCAAAGAAGAUCUUGACAGUCAAUGGAUUGUUUCCAGGGCCUACUUUGUAUGUCCGAAAGGGUGAUAGGUUGGCUGUUAAUGUUCAAAACCAAGGGAAAUACAAUGUCACCAUUCAUUGGCACGGAGUAAAGCAGCCAGGAAAUCCAUGGUCAGAUGGGCCGGAGUAUAUUACACAAUGUCCAAUCAAACCGGGUGCAAAUUUCACUUAUGAGAUCUUAUUCUCAACCGAAGAAGGUACACUUUGGUGGCACGCUCACAGUGAUUGGUCUCGAGCAACGGUCCAUGGCCCCAUUGUUGUAUACCCUGAAAUUGGAACAAGCUACCCUUUUCCCAAGCCUGAUGCAGAGUUUUCUAUUGUUUUGGCAUCGUGGUUUAAGGGAGAUGUAAUGCAGAUAAUUGAAAGUGCACUUAUAGGCGGAGGCGAAACAAACAAGUCAGAUGCUCUCACCAUUAAUGGCCAACCGGGUGAUCUAUACAAUUGUUCCAAAUCCGGGACGUUCCAAAUACUGGUAAAUUAUGGAAAGAGUUAUCUUCUUCGUGUCAUCAACUCAAUUAUGAACGAAGAAGUGUUCUUUUCGGUGGCUCAGCAUAAUUUCACAGUCGUUGGAAUGGAUGGAGCAUACAUCAAACCCAUAGGAACUAAUUACAUCUUCAUAACCCCUGGACAAACCAUGGACAUCUUAAUGACUGCAAACAAGUCCCCAAGCUACUAUUACAUGGCAGCUAGAGCCUAUGUCGCUGUUGUAUAUGAUAACACGACUACAACUGCGAUCGUGAAAUACAUUGGAAAUUAUACACCCCCAUCGACGCCAGCAUUUCCUAGUAACCUUCCAAAUUACACUGACAUCAAUGCUGUAACAAAUUUCACCAAACUGAUUAAGGCCCUGGCUAAUGGGGACUAUCCGAUUAAUGUCCCCCAAAAAGUUGAUACCCAACUUUUCAUUACGAUUUCAGUGGGUUCGAUUCCGUGCCCUAAUGAUUCAUGUGACGGACCAAAUGGGUCAAGGCUCGCUGCAAGCUUGAACAACGUAAGUUUUCAGACGCCUGCGGUUGAUUUAUUGCAAGCAUAUUAUAGGCAAAUCGGAGGGAUUUACACGACCGACUUUCCAAGCGUGCCGCCUUACUUCUUCAAUUUUACAGCUGAUGAGAUGCCUGAUAACGUUUUAAUACCAUCGACGGGGACUAAAGUGAAAGUCUUGGAGUUUAAUUCAAAUGUGGAGAUAGUAUUUCAGGGGACUAAUGUAUUAAGUGCAGCUGAGAACCAUCCAAUGCAUUUACAUGGCUUUAGCUUUUAUCAUGUUGGAUCUGGUUUUGGGAAUUUUGAUAAUAAUACAGAUCCAAAAGGGUACAAUUUGAAAGACCCACCUGAGAUAAACACGGUUGGGGUGCCCAAGAAUGGAUGGGCUGCAGUCAGAUUCAAAGCUGAUAAUCCAGGAGUGUGGUUCAUGCAUUGUCACUUAGAAAGACAUUCUAGCUGGGGAAUGGAUAUGGCAUUUAUUGUGAAGAACGGGACCACCAGAAAAACAAGCAUUCGGAGGCCCCCGCGUUACUUGAACCCUUGCUAAUCAAUUUCUCCGAUCUGAGAAAGCUUGCUAGUAAUCCAAUUUGGAAAAAGCCAUGUUUAGGUUGGGAAUAAUUCUCACCACGUGGCGGUGGUCAAAGACUAAGUAAUAAUUUUCCAAUAUAAAUAAAGGAAUUAGCAUAUUACAUAUUACAUAUUCAGCGUUGUUGUUUAUAAUAUAAUAAAAAACGCAAUUAAGAAAAAGAAGAAGAA